AUGGGGUAGUAAAUGGUAGUGAAUGUAAAAGAAGAAUGGUGGAACGUAUGUUUAUUUAAGGGAGCAAACCAACGCGAUCAAGUAUUGCUAUCAUAAUGAGUAAGAUGUACACAACCGCCAACCACUCUGACAAGGAGUUGAAGGAACAAGGGAAUCGUCUUUUCAAUCUUCACAAAUACGAGGAUGCAGUCUGUUUAUACACUAAAGCAAUCAUUAAAAAUCCAUCCCAAGCACUAUACUUUACGAACCGAGCAUUGUGUCAGUUAAAACUUAAACGAUGGGAAUUGUCUUGUCAAGAUUGUAGACGUGCUCUCGAUAUAGACCCUUGCUUGAUAAAAGGUCAUUUUUUCCUGGGUCUUGCGCUUCUAGAAUUGGAAUUAUUUGACGAAGCUGUUAAACAUCUGCAGAGAGCUAUGGACUUGUCCAAGGAGCAAAAAUUAAACUAUGGAGACGAUAUAACAAGUGUUCUAAGACAAGCAAGAAAACGUUGUUUCCAAUUAAGAGAAGAACAGAGGAUAGCACAAGAUAUUGAAUUGCAGUCAUAUUUAAAUCAAUUGAUAGUAGAAGAUGCUGAACGAAGCCUAGCUGCUUUGAAAGAACAGGAAUCAGCAAAAGAUACAAGUGCAAAAACUGAAGGAGAAUCGGAAUCCAGUGAAUUCAUAAGAAAAAGGGAAGAGAUAGAAGAAAAGAGAGAUACAUCUAUGGUUCGCCUUAACAACUUAUUUGAAAAAGUAGAUGAAAGAAGAAGGAAGAGGGAAGUACCUGACUAUUUAUGUGGAAAAAUUAGUUUUGAAAUUUUGCAAGAACCAGUAAUUACACCAAGUGGAAUUACAUAUGAGAGAAAAGACAUAGAAGAACAUUUACAGAGAGUAGGACAUUUUGAUCCAGUAACUAGAGUUCGUUUAACUCAAGAUCAGUUGAUCCCGAACUUAGCAAUGAAAGAAGUAGUAGACACGUUUCUACAAGAAAAUGAGUGGGCAUUAUAUUAUUAGUACGUAUACAUAGGUUACUGCCGUAUUUUUAUGAUAAAUUUUCAUUUUUACUUUAAUUGAAUACAUCCAAUCAUUAUUGUUGUAAA